AUGGUUUCCAAGAAAGUAUCAUUUCUGAUGUUUCAUUUAGAAGAGAAUGUUGCUAGAUUCAUUGUUCAAGAGUCAAAUUUGUUUGUAACUAUUGAUGUCAGGAAUCUUUCUGUCAUUGUGAAAUGUUGCACUAUUAAGGAAUCAUGUUCUAACUGUCAUUGUUCCUCAAUAACAAAUAUGCUGACUGUUACCAUUGAGUCAUUAUUUGAAAUUUUGAAUGUUGACAUUGAGUCCUCUGUGCAGCUGGGUUGUGAAGGUGUUCAUGGCUUUGUUCUUGGCAAUGAUGAUCAUGAUGGUAACUGUAGCCAAAGUGUCGACAAAGACUCAGUUGGUUCUGUUGCAACAUUGGAAACUUGGAAUUCAACGAUGACAUGUCUAUGUAGUAUUUCUGGGGGUGCAGAAGCAGAUUCGAAAAAAUGGACAGUUGGCAAAUUACACAAUAAGGUAAAACCUAUCUUAAACAAUAAGGAUUAAUGAAAAAAUAGAAAUGAAAUUUUAAUCUCAGUUAGUGAAUAAGAAAAAUGGGUUACAGCUGGUCAAGGCAGGACAAGUGUACCCCCCCGCCCAAGAUCCUAUUAAUGAAUUUGAAAAAUGAAUCUGUUAGUUGUUCCCAUAACUAGUGUUUAUUUUAAAUUGGCAUUCCUAUAUGUGUAAUGAGCGCAGUGAAUUUUUUAUAGCAACUUCGCUGUAUUUGGUCAGAUUGAAAAUCUUGGAAUGGAUAAAAUUGCUUUGAAGAUAUCUACUUCAAUUUAUUCUGAGAAACUGAUCUGGCAUGCAAGAAUGCAGAAGGAAUCUGAAAUCUGUAAUGUAAUUUUGGGGUCCAUUAUAAAUCAGUAUAUUUCAAAGAGCUACACAACGACCAAGAAUACUAUUGACCCAAUUGGUGAUAUAUUGCUACAUCAGAUGAAGCAAACGGUAAAUCUAAUUGGCCACUUUGAGGUUGUGUGGGAGACUGGGUCGAGAUGGAUGUCUAGUGCAUUGUGGGACUGUUUUGGGGUGAUCUCUACCAAGUCUCCCAUGCAACCUCAAAGUGGCCAAUACAUUUACUAAUAGAUUGUGUGGGGACCCUGUGGUGAAACAAAAACAGUCCAUGACUGUGUGAAAUUUAACCUAAUAUACAGCUGUUUCGAGAAAAGUUGUCUGAAAAAGUGCACGCGACAAUCCCAAAAGGUAUUGUGGGUGGUUUUGUCUGCCCUGUUCUCCAAAGAAAUUUGAAAGAAUGGCACGAGAGGGCACGGACAUAUGUUCGCGAAUGCUAAUGAAAAACAACAAAAGUAGGUUCGACAGCUACAGUCGUUAGGAACAGUGUAUUGAUCAUAUCCCAUAUUACCUUUCGGGAUUGUCGCGUGAACAUUUUUCUGACAAUUAACCUUUCUCGAAAUAGCGGUAUAAAGAUGAGUAAAGCUUUGCUCCAGAUUUACAGUGGGCUUAAUUUACAGGAGCUGUGUUAAAAAAAUAGUCUUUCUGCAGGUAAACAUUAUCGCAAAAGAAAAAGAGGAACCAAACAAUGGCUCUUGUUUGGUUGUAUUGAACGCUUUCUUUUGCUGUACAUAAUCUGUGCCUCGGUACCUACAAAAGGAACCUGUCUAAAAAAUGCUGGAUGCUUAGCCAAGGCCAGAAAAAUUAGUUCAAUCCUUUAUUGAAACACAAUCAGUGUUUAUAUUAAGCAGGUAGCAUCAAUUUUGUUGAUCAUUAUUUUGUUUGUAUUCUUUUUGAUAACAGAAUGCAGACAUCAUCCAUCCUUUAUGCCAUCCCUGUGACAAUUGUCAACAUGUAGAUGUUGGCCUAUGCCUUCUAGAGUGCCUUCUGAUUCGGUCAAGACCUGUAUUGCAUACUAGAGAGAAAGAAUUGAACAAUGGUGAACCCACUUCAAAUGAUGUUAAUGGGUGUGUCAGCCACAUUACACAUAAUUCCAGUCUGUCUUCAAGUAUCUUUUCAAGUGCUACUUCAUCUUCAUUGAACUCAGUGCCUGCAAGCCCGUCUACUUUCUCUUUAGCUGGUGAUAGCCUAUUCACAUCAACAACAUCCCCAAGUGAGAGCUUAUCAUCCAUUGACAAACUGAAGGAAUGCAAGGCAGAUUCCUCUUGUGAUGAUAAUUCAUCAAGAAUUACAAAGUGCAGUGGACUGUCUGUUAGUUUACCAAAGGAGCCUUCAGUGCCUGUCGAUACAUGUGCAUUUUCACAAUCAAGUUACAAGGAAUGCUUAAAUGCAGAACAAAGUUGUUCUUUUUCUGAAACACAGAAUACUAAACAGUCAAAACCUUUCACCAUUGAAAACAUCAAUGGACCUGAGGAACUGAAGAUAAGUUCUUCUGAUCAGAAAACUGCAGUACAGAAUUUUUCUUCAAAGGACAAGAACUCAAGUAUUAGUAAUGACAGCAAGCUCUCAGCAACUCGAGUGUGUUGAAGAUUUAUGUGCAAAUCAAAGUUCAAAGCUUGAAGAACCCCUUCAGAGUAUUCAAGGACCAUUCUCUGGGGCAAGUUCAGACAAAGUUGACACAGGAACUGCAACUGUGGAUUUUUUUAGAACUCUGCUGGCCAAUUUGGAGGAUGAGUUGGCAGCUUCUCAGAGGGAUCAUCAUGAAUUAGAACAACAGUUUAGAAAACUUGAAGAAAAAUUGAAGGAGAGCGAGGAGGAGAAACGUGAGCUUCAAGCUGAUCUAGGGAGAUUUCUGUUCCUGGAAGAAAAGGCAAGACGCCGUGGAAGGCUCCUUGGUGGGGCAAGUGCAGUACAAGAGCCUGGUAAGCCAGAGAUGUACAGCUGAGCUUUCAAUGUACUGAUUAAACUAUUUAUCAUAACAAAAACGAAAUUCUCAAAUCUCAUUGGCUAUCAACUGGCCUCAUUUCAGCACUAAUUAAGUAAUUGGACAGUAUGCAAUCGCAAUUGUGCACUUACAUGUAAAUGGCUUUUUUUUCACUGCUAGCAGCCUAAAAUAUCACAAAUUUUGUUAUAGUCAUAAUAAAUAUUGGUAUCAGAACUUUGUAUCGUCCAAUUCAGUCUGUAACCACAUUCUCAUGAUUUAACAAAUUUCAUUUGUCCCUUGUAUGAUUAGAGACCGAAUUGGACUCCACUCAGUCCUGUUGCCAUUAUUAACUUGCAUUUGCUGCUGAGAAUAUUAAAUAACUGCUUACCUUAGUGGAGAAGGCAACGCCAGUACCUAGAUAGAGUCACAUCCUGGCUGCUGGUUAAUUAUAACCUGUGCCUUUCAGCCAUGAGCCCCCAUGCCAAUGGAACCAGGUACCUAUGACUCUGUUGAUAAUCCAAAAUUAUCACAACUGUCAAGGGAGUACAAAGCAAAAGCAUGUCCUUUAAUUUGAGGUUUAAGUAUUUUUGCACCUUUAACAUGGAGCUAAUCAUGUCAUGUACAUGUAUGCAGUGCUCGACUUUCAGGAAAAAUCUUGGGGCCAGCUGGCCCCCAAGUUUUCAUUUGUGGUCACCAAAGCGUUUUGACAAAUCGUUAGAGGGUUUGGACAAACCAUUAGAAUGUUUGGGCAAAAUGUUAGAGCGUUAGAAAAACUGUUAGCUAUCCGUUAGUUUUGAGAAGGAUAAUGGAUUAUCAUUUAAGUGUACGUUUUUCCAAAGAAGAAAGUCACCUAUCUUGGGGGCCAGGUUGGCGACCAAGCGUGAAAAUUUGUCACCACUGAGUAAAAGCUGGUCGCAUUGGUGACCCCACAGGUCGCAACGUCUAACCCUGGACUAUGCAGGUUCUUAUUUGUCGAUAUUGCAAGUCAGUACAAAGAAUCCCCUCACAUUGCAUAAUUCCUUUUGUUGUUGUUUUUAUAGGAUCAAACUGUUCUGUUGAGUCAGACCAUGCUUCAGGUUCAGGCAAAUCUGCACUUGUGCACAACAACAUUUUGCAUGAACAGACAGAUGGACCUGAAAUGAAGACACAGAUGAAUUAUGCACCUUCCUCAAAAAAUUAUGUUGAGCUCACAGGCAUUGAUGAAAAUGGAACAUCACUAAGAGCAGAUGAAAUAGAUCAUGGUCAAAGCCAAUGCUCAUCAAUUUUAUCCAGUGGAAGCUCAGUUGAGGAAGACAGUGACAUGUGUUUGUCAAGUAAGAAUGUAGAAAAUGUUGUGCUGGUUGAAGACAGUCCUCAGUCACCCAUCCAUUCAGAUGUUAUGCUCGUGUCAAAUUCCAGUCGCAGCUCAUCUGAUUUGUUGGCAAAUUCUGACAAGACUGCACCAGCAACUUCUAACAGCACUUUACAAGCUUCUUGUGAAGUUGAUGACUUUCAAGUGAUGUCAGAUGGUUCCCAGUCAGCCUCUGGUUACAGCAACCCCAGUCCUGCAACAUGGGAUACUCAAGGGAUCUCUCAUGUGAUGGCCAGACCAGGCAACGAGCCAGCAGGUGAAGAUGGCCAGCUAAAAGGAGCAUGUGCCGGCAAUGGCAAAGAAAGAGUGGUUAAGUCACAUGAUUUCUGUGAUGGGGCAGUAAUGGCAGUUCCAUAUUGCACAAAGACAAUCCCUGAGUGUACAAAAAGAGAUUCUUUAAUUAGUUCAGAUUCAAUCCUUGCCAGAACUCAUAAUAUUGCAAAUGGAGGAAGUGUUUUUUCAACACAGCAGCAUGUGUUUUCAGAAGGCGAAAGAGAAAUUACUCCACCAUCAUCAGAUGCAACCGACUGGAAAUGUCUAGGUGCCAGACCAAAGGAACCUCAACGUACAGUUGAUGGACAGGUACCAACAGAGCCUGUUGUGUAUAUAACCGAUGGCUUAGCUGGUGAUUUCUUAGCGAGACACACACAAGACAAGGCACUUCAUGACAGUAUUUAUCAAACUGAUAUUGGUUCUCUCUUCAAUGACAUUCCAUCUCAGGGGUCUUCCUUUAUUGACGGUGACAUAUCUCAAUUUAGCAGAGCCCAGCCUUACUUUGGAGAUUGCCAGGCUGCAUCUGGGACAGAGCCACAUGAUAGAACUGGAUAUUCACUUGUAAGUGAAUCUAGGCGACACCUGGGUGGCUCUUCUUAUGUGGAACCUUUCAGUGACAACUCAGAACUUUGGCCAAGCCAUUUAGGAAAUGAUUCUUCCUCAUUGUAUAGCAACUAUUUAUCAAGAAAUACUUCAACUGCUGCAGACAACUAUUCUCUUCAAAGUGAUUUUGUACAUAACAGCAGUAGAUUUGCAGGAGUUGACCAUUUUGACAGACAGACUUAUUUGUCAUCAGCAAAGCAAAUGCCAUUUCCUCCCAUAGCAAGUGAUCCUGUUGUAAAUAGCUAUCCAGGAAUGGCUGGUUCCAGUUUUGCUGACCCUCUACCUGGGGAUCCUGUACAUAAUGCACCAAGAUUUAGUAGCUUUUUAAGUGAGCAGCUUGCAGCCCCUGCUCAUGAUGCAAAUAUGUUUGCUGGUAAUGAUGCCACUUCAGCUUUUAUCUCUAAUCAGGGCACAGAUGAGCCAGCUCAGAAACCAAAUUUUGCACUUGGAAAUUCAAGGACAACAACCGGAAACAUUGAUGAUGAUGCAGAUUCCUCUGCACGGUAUCAGCUUGGAAAUUCCACAACAUUUGAUGUUGUUUUGGCAGCGAGAUCUACACAUGAUACAUGUGUUCUAGAACCUCAUACAGGUGACGCCGACAAUAAUUCUGCGUUAAACAAUACAGACUUUGGUACUGAUUCUAUAGAAGCCUCAGACAACUCAUUACUUGCUCUUGAACGGCGUGUCGCAGAAGCUUGUGCCCUUGUUGAACGCGUUCUUCGGGAGAGAGAGGAACGUGAACAGUUUGGAAGGGAAAUAGAAAGGAAAGAACAGUUAAUAAGAGAACAAAGAGCUCGAGAAAGGCGGGAGAGAGAAGAGAGAGAGUUGCGGGAAGCUGAAAACUGGCCACAACAACAAGAAGCAAUCAAUGCACGUUCGCAGUGGUUAUGUGAACAUUAUCAGCGGCACUGCAGAGUGCGAUUCCCUUGUUGCACACAAUUCUAUCCAUGUCAUCACUGCCACAACAUCUCCAAAGCUUGUGACAAUGAAGAGGCUAAAGCUUGUCAUGCCACUCAUCUGAAAUGCUCUCACUGUCAGCAUGAACAGGAGGUAAGCUUUGUUUUCAUGUUUCCUGAAACUUAAAUUUGAAAAUAUUAAUUUAUUCUACAUUAUACCUGUACCCAGUACACACUUUUUUAAAGUGAAACUUUCAAUGUGAUUUUGGGUGAUUUCAAGGGUUAAUUCUCAUCUUAAAGUAUAAUAGAAAUUUAUGAUUACUAGCUGAAAACAAAGAAUGAUAAAUUUGUUUUUAAUUCUUUAAAAAUAGAAUUGAAUCUCAACAUUAUAAUAAUUAUAAAAUCAUACUACUGGUACACCCACAAACCUGUGAACACCAGAGAUAUGUAUAGGAUAUCAUUUUGUUGUGAGGAAACUCAAUAAGGAGUGAGAAACCUAUUCCACAGACUGCAACAAUAUAAUAUUUAGUUUUAGUAUUGAGGUUUGCUUUUACAUCCGGAACUUUUUUGUGACUGGUCACUGCAGUAACAUUCACAUUUUUCUGAGUUGGCAGUAAUUUUUUUUGGCUUUACUUCUGUGAAAAUUGAAGCGUGAAUUUCUGCUUGUUCAUGCAUGCAUCAGUGUAGUGAGAAAUGGGUUAAUUUGUUAUUUUGUUCCUUAAUAAGUCCUAGUAUUUUAUGAAGUGCUGCCCUCUUAAUGUAAUAUUCAAUCCCAUAAACACCAUAUUUGACAAUAUUUGUUUGUGUUGUUUUUACAGAUUGGUGAAGAUAGUGCUAAGUGUCGUAAGUGUGGGGGCAAAAUGUCAGCAUAUUUCUGUCCCAUCUGCAAGCAUUUCACCAGUGUCGACAAAAAUCCAUAUCAUUGUGAAAAAUGUGGAAUUUGCAGGUAGGUGACUUGGAAUUCUCUAUUGUUAUUCUAAAGUAGGUUGAGUUAACAAUAAUAAACCAAUCUUUAUUUAAGUAUCAGAACAAUAAGUAAUAUUUACAAUUUUAAAUUAUAUUGUAUUGUUUACAAAUUAAAAACGAAAUAUAUGUCCACGAUAGAAAACUAUUUACAAUUGUGAAUAAUUUAAAAGUGGGAAAAGGAAAAUCAAGCAUUACUAAGAAAAAAAAACUAUCAAAAGUCUAGGCCUAAAAUUAUGAGUGCAGAUGUAGACCAGCUACAGUGAGAGUGAAGUCUUGAGUUUGAUCAGUUGAUUUUGAUCGUCCGGCUGAACGUAGUCAUGAAUAGGACUGUUGUUGUUGACAGUAAGUGACGUUUCGACAACCUGUGCAGUAGUCAUCUUUAGAGUCAAAGUGAGUUUUCAUAGCCAAUAACAUCAUGGCUUAACUGACAGAUGACCAACCACGUCGCGACAUAAUUGACCAAUCAGAUCAAUAACCAGAGUAUAAUACCAUCAACUGACGUGAUAAAACUCACUUUGACUCUGAAGAUGACUACCGCACAGGUUUUCGAAAUGUCAGUCACUGUCAACAACAAGAGUCCUAUUCAGGACUACGUUCACCCGGACGAUCAAAGUCAACCUACUUUUGAAAUGACUCCUGUGUUCAAACCUUUCACAGUUUUGUUAUUAUUCUGCCAAAAUUAUGUCUGUAAUUAAUAACCACUGUUCCUGAGGAACACACAGACACUUCAAUAAAGGGCAUAAUAUUGUUAGUGAUAAACUUCUUAGAAGAUGUUUGCCUCCUGUUUUUUGUAGCCUCCUUUUUUCCUAAGAGGAGGGGGGGUCAUUACACAGGCUAGUUUUUUGUGUUCAGGUAGUAGACAGGCUACAAAGGAGAGAUCAGAGCAACAAAAAAUGGCUCUUAGGACUAGCAGGUCUAUUUUGCACUAUUCCCCACUGUCUGAUCACAUGGAAGCAGCUAGCCCGAAAUAAUUAUGUCAGCAAAGGUCUUUUCUUCCUAGAAGUGGCUGUCUUGUUUGAUCCACUAGCAAUUUUCCAUGGCUAGUUUAGUAAAAUGUCUCAAGACGUGUUUGGAUGGGCUAUAGGAUAAAAUAAAUGAAGCAAAAAGAGUGUGACUGUGUGGUGGAUAUACUGGAUCACUUUUUAAAUUAAUGUUAUUAAAUAAUACUGUUUUUUGUCAUUUAGGAUUCAUCAGGAUAAGUCAUUCCACUGUGAAGUGUGUAAUGUAUGUUUAGACAAACGACUUGAGGGAAAUCACAAAUGUCGCCCAGAUUCAGGUCAUGAUGAAUGCUGCAUCUGCUUGGAGGUAAGGUUUAAUUGAUGUUUUAGUAAAAAGCUUCUAAAGCCUUGACAACGAGGUCUCCCUUUUUGAGUGUGAGUAGAAAGUGGUCUUUAACAAAGGAUGAGUUAUUGAGAAAAAUAUCCUUGUUAUUAUAAUACUAUAGAGAGGUUAAGAAUCAAGUUUACGUCAAAUGGUAAAUGUGAAUUAAUUUUUGCACCACAUGAUCAAGUUUCCUCUUUAUACUUGUCGUUUACAGUUCAUUAUUUCUACACCUUAAUUAGGAGUUUCAUGCAAUUUUUUAGCAAUUUGAAUUUUAUCUGCUCAUUUUCUAUUUUGAGAAAUUCUCAACUUGAAUCUGACUUUUGCUGUUUGCUGUAUUUAUACUCUCUUAUGAUAUCAUUCCAAGACACCUGUAAGUUACAAUGCUGAUUGUUGCUUACAUUAUUUGCAGGAUGCAUUCAGUGGUUGUCAGAUAUUACCAUGUUCACACAAGGUCCACAGAGAAUGUGCCAUCGCUAUGAUACAAAACGGCAUGUAAGUUAUCAGGUUAUUCAUUUGUUAAAAUAAAAAAGUACCAUUAUGUUAAGAAACUAAGGCGAGUGUCAUUUAGUACACCUUCAAAGGAAAUUGAGAAGAAUGAAAAUAAAGCAAAUGGCUCUUCUGCUUGUCUAUGUCAGACCUGGAGGUUUCUAAACAGAGCCACACAAAAGGAAUUGUAGAGAAAUUUCUCAGCAAAUAAUUCCUUGAAAAGUUAGAAAAAACACUUACCUGUAGGUGCAAAGAGUGCAAAUACUGGAGGAAAGAUAUCAUCAAGUAGUUGAAGUUGCUCACUUUGGUCUCCCCUCUCCUCUUUCAUUAACACGUUCGCUGCCAGAUUGUUUGAUGGAGUUUUGUAAGGUGACUCUAACUUUUGAGUCUGCAGACGAAAUCCUAUGAUGUGACCAUUCAAAUGAAAGCUCUCUACCUGUACUUUCAGAUGGUGCUAUUUGUUUGUCAAAAGUUUAGAAAAUGAAAUUUGCAAAUUUGGUCGAAUUUUGCCUUUGGCCACAUUUGGCAGUGAAAGGGUGAAUAGAAAUUUGUACAUAUCGUGCAAUUACUAUGAAAAUAUUCAACUGCACUAGAACUCGAAAGUAUAUUUUUUUUAUGAGAGAAAAUCAACCAAAAACUCAAGACAACAACUCAAAAUACAGUAAUUAGAUGUGUGAAAUUGCACUCCCAAACCUCGACCUGGUUUCAUUGUGUGUCCUCAGGGGAGUUCCUAUGGACUCAAGCACGAAGUCUCCAUCUUGGAGAAUCUACUUUAACACUGCUUUUUAAGCUCAAGUUCUGUAGAAUUUUGAAGUGAUCAGAGAUCUAUGAAAUGUUGUAAUGCACAAACCAUACAUCGAGGCUGUUUAGGUUCAGUGGUUGUCAUUGUUCCAGUUUUUGUUGUUUUCUGUGGUGCCCCCCCCUUGACCUAUGCAUUUUCCUUGGUGAUAAUAAUUCAUUAGAACUGUCUUUGGUAAUAAUUGGUAAUGACAUUUUUUUGUCUUUUUCAGCCGCACCUGCCCGAUAUGUCGUCAUCCUUUGUACAGCCAGUCCAGGGAGUAG